GACUUCCAGCCUCCGUGUGGGCUAGAGCGGCACGACGGGCCGGCGUGUGCCUCCAAUGGAGGACGAGAAGAGCUUCUCCGAUAUCUGCGGCGGCCGCCUUGCCCUGAGGCGCCGCUACUACUCACCGUACUGCCGCGAAUUCGGCCUCAGCUCGGCUCGGCUGUCGCUGUGGUCGCUCACCGCUGUCACCUGUGCGGUGUGGCUGGCGGCCUACGGGCUCUUCACCCUGUGCGAGAACAGCAUGAUCCUCUCUGCCGCCAUCUUCAUCACCAUCUUAGGCCUGCUUGGUUACCUCCAUUUUGUGAAGAUUGAUCAGGAGACUCUAUUAAUCAUCGACUCACUUGGCAUCCAGAUGACUUCUUCCUAUGCAUCAGGCAAAGAAAGUACCACCUUCAUAGAGAUGAACAAGGUCAAGGAUAUUAUCAUUAAUGAGGCUAUUUACAUGCAGAAGGUCAUUUACUACCUCUGCAUUUUACUGAAGGAUCCAGGGAAACCACAUGAGAUAUCCCAAGUAGUGCCUGUCUUCCAGAGCGCCAAGCCCCGGUUGGACUGCUUGAUUGAAAUCUACAGAAGCUGCCAGGAGAUUCUGGCACACCAGAAAGCCAUGCCAACAAGCCUAUGACUCUCAGCAUUCAAUGGCCAGUAUCUUUAUGGAGAGGACUCAACCACAGUAGCUGGUUUACUCUCUGUACUGUCAAAACCAUUGGACAGACACGGUCCUGGGAAUCAAAACGAGGAGAUCUCAGAACCACAGAAGAGGGGCUGGAACUUGAUUCAUGUUCAUGAUGUGUGUGUCAUAAUGUUCCUGGUAUAGGUUUUAUCUAUAUUACUGAUCAAGGGGAGACCUUAAGGAUUUUGACUUG